AGAGCUUCUAGCAGUCUAGUCCUCGGCUCAGCAUCGUGCGACUCCCUUCACGAGUCCCGACGGAACGAAUGUAUAAAACCGCCACGAAGGCAUUCAUCUGGAAAUCCUAGUUUCAACGCAAGAUUGUCACGUCUUGAUCAAGCUAUAGACUCUGCCACACUGCAACGACGACUCGUCAUGGAAACGAAGCGUAACGGCCACCCUCCGGUCAGAUCUUCGCGUACUCAGCGUGUACGUGCAGCGCCAGCUCCAUUCCAGUGGACAAAUCCACAGGCUCCGGAGAGACCGGGUUUCAUGUGGUUUCCUGUUCGAACAUACUCCGAGCCAUCAUCUUCAGCACAGAGCAUUAGACAAGCUAAGCGAUCGGAUCACGACCUCCCUUUAAAGCCAUGUAUGAAGCAGAAAUCCAAGAGUGCGGCGGCUACACCUCCCAAUGGAGGAAGUACAGACUCGGAAGACUCACAUGGGCGGCGAAAACUUCGCCGAGUCAAGACGGUGGAUUUUGAAGGGGUAUUAUCGAAGAAGUUGCUUUCCUUACCCCCGUUGAAGCUGUGGACGGGACAAGGAGACCUCGAAGCAGGAGAGCCAUUCGAACGAUCGAAGACAGCAAUGGAAGAAAGCAGCUCUAAUAGAGCGAUAUCCGUCAAGAGAGUUCGCUCCUGCCCGGGACCUAAAACGAAAAGCACACUCGCGGACACUGCCAUCACACGAACUGAUGUACAUGUCGUUGCAAUCGCACCCUCUUGGAGCUCGGAAGAAUUUCCGGCAACAGACGACGACGGAAUAGAUCUAGCCACUCCUACUAUGCAGAUAGUGGAGUCGAAGACUGGAUGCUAUGAGGUUGUGUGGGAUGACGUCCAAAAGGAGCCUGCCAUUGAGGCAGGUGGACGUUGCUCGUCUGCAGGCCAGGCUCUUCAAGCUGCUGGUUCGUUCGCUACCAAGGGCUUGGAGCGUGUCAACACUAAGCUUGCGGAGUGGUCCUGGGGCAAGGACAGCCUAACGAGAUCAUACAAGCCGCGGAUUGUGGUAUUUCCGGAUGAUGAUGGUCGCAAUCCCCAGUUCGGCUGCGCAGUCGAAGAUGACGAGGACUUGGUCAUAAUCGCACCUCCCAACAGCGAAAGGCAAAGUGCAAUCCCAUCCCGUCACCCAUCGCAGCCACCUAGUGCCAGAAUGUCUCGUUCAGUCUCGCACGAUGAUACCGAACCAGACCCCGCUGUUAACGCAACAGACGUAAGUUCAGAUCGACAGUCACUGGUUGUGCCAGAUCCGGAAGCCACCAACAGUAGAGCUGGACUUCUCAUCGGAGCGAGCCGGGGCACGAGGAAACCAUCCUCCAUCCGAAGGUUUUCUAACAUGGAAGACUCUGACUUGAAGUUCAGAGGCCACCGUGAUUCAGUAACACUUGCGCGUUCACGAAUCCUCAAUGCUGGCGGAGUUUCCCCCGAACUCUUCAUGCAUCGAGAUUCCAUCUCCAUGGCAAAGAAACGGAUGCAUGCAAAAAAUCAUGCUAGCUCCUCCGCGCGCGAGAUUCCACAUUUGAAUCAUGUUGCUUCGGACCCGCCCUCUCCGAUUGCUGACUUGAGCAUGUCAUCGUCUUCGGCCCCAACUAGAAAGAAUACAGCUGAAGGCUUAAAGACAAAGGAUUCAGCUUCAAUGCUCGUUCGGCAAGAUGCUAGCUUGAACCGGCAUAUCCGAAUCAUAGAAUGAGGUUACACUCUGGAGCGCCUGUUGUGAUAGGAGCAGAGGUUCAGGGCAAAUAGGAAUGUUUGUAGCUGAGAGACUGCAGGAAUAGGCACUAAUUGGACUUUCGAGUUCCAUGCUUAGAUAUAUGUCUAUUGCCUACAGCAAUCUUGAGAAUGACGUUGAGGGGUGAAGAGAGGGCGAGUCUGUGAUGGUGGCGGGUGAGAAGCCUUAACAGGCACCUUUGAUAACUAUGUACCAACUCAUGGCCUUUCGCAAUGCAGUCUCUUUUUAAUAAUUCCAUGCUCCAUGUUUGACCAAGGGUUUGGUGUGUUCG